AUGUUCCCGGCGGGCCCUGCCGGCCCUACCGGUCCAAAAUCUCCAUGUCAUAGGGCUCUGGUGCAUGAGCCUGUCCAGGGUCUUGGGCCCAAGGAACCGUACGAGGCCCCGAUUGGGGGAAGGAUCGGCCAUGUGCAGGAAAUAUUGGAUUCUGACACGGGCCACGGUCUGGCGACUGCGCGCGAAGGGCUCCUGUAUGAUACGAGGCAGGGUUGCGCUUCCACCCACCUCACCGGUAACCCGGACGGUUGGGGGCGGCUCUGCGUGCAAACCUUCCGACCACUCCCGACCGUCCUCAACCCCAUCGACAUCCCCGAAGUGACGGGCAGCACUCAUGCCGGGCCUUCCAGCCUGCCUGCAAAGUCCCUGCGCGGCACGGCUAAGAUUACCAUCGCGACGACCCCCAUAUGCACCGCCCUCAGACUAUUGAUGCGUGACUCAGGAGACUCAGCACAUGAGGGUAGACGCGGCAACGUCGGCGAUGUGCCCAGUGCGGCGGCCCAUCCGGCUCGGAGAACGCCUCGCCUCGAGGCUCGAGGGCAAGAGGAGCCGGUCUUGCCGACCAUGAAGUUUCGAGGAAGGAGACUAGAGAGAGAAAGGGAUACCCUCACCUCCAAGAUGAGGCAGUCCAUCUUCUCCCUCCUUGCCACAUUCACCGGCACCUUCGCCUUGAGCAUUCCCCUCGCCCCCGAUGGGCUCCUCCAACCACGACAGGCGGGGUGUGAGAACACGGCCGAGAGCCGCAACUGCUGGGGCGAGUACGACAUCGACACCAACUACUACGAUGUCUUCCCCGAGAACCCGGGCCCGCCCAAGGAGUUCUGGCUCUCGGUCGAGGAAGGGCCCUGCUCGCUCGACGGGUUCGAGCGGUCGUGCAUGACGUUCAACGGCACGGUGCCCGGCCCGACCAUCAUCGCGGACUGGGGCGACGAGGUCAUCAUCCACGUGACCAACAACAUGGCCAGCAACGGCACGAGCAUCCACUGGCACGGGCUGCGCAUGCUCAACAACGCGCUCAACGACGGCGUGCCCGGCGUGACGCAGUGCGGCCUCGCACCCGGCGAGACCAUGACCUACCGCUUCCGCGUCACCCAGUACGGCUCGACCUGGUACCACAGCCACUUCAGCCUGCAGUACGCCGAGGGCCUCUUCGGCGGCAUGAUCCUGCGUGGGCCUGCCACGCAGAACUACGACGAGGACCUGGGCCUGCUGUUCCUGCAGGACUGGGCGCACGUUGAGGCCUUCACCAACUGGCACGUGGCCAAGCUCGGGGCCCCUCCGACCAUGCCCAACGGGCUGAUCAACGGCACCAACACGUUCGACUGCAGCGGGUCGGACAACGCGCGCUGCGUGGGCGGCGGCAAGAAGUUCGAGAUGGUGUUCGAGCAGAACAAGAAGUACCUCAUCCGGCUGGUCAACGUGGCGGUGGACGGGGCGUUCCAGUUCAGCAUCGACGGGCACUCGCUCACGGUGAUCGCGCACGACCUGGUGCCGAUCAAGCCGUACACGACCGACAGCGUGCAGAUCACCAUCGGGCAGCGGUACGACGUGAUUGUCGAGGCCAACGCGCAGCCCGGCGACUACUGGCUGCGGGGCGGGUGGAACACCAACUGCGGCAUCAACACCAACGCGGCCGACAUCACGGGCAUCGUGCGGUACGACGCGAGCAGCACGGCGGACCCGCAGACGGAGAGCAGCGUCGACCCGGCCAAGGACUGCAUUGGCGAGGCGCCGUGGAAGACGGUGCCGCACCUGGAGGUGGACGUGGGCAACAUGCGCGGCGGUGUCGUGUACGAGGAGAUGGGCACCAAGUUUGACGACUACUUCAAGUGGACCAUCAACACGAGCAGCCUGUACCUCGACUGGGCGGACCCGACCAUGGGGCAGAUCUUCGAGGGCAAGAACUUGUUCCCGACCGAGUACAACGUUGUGCCUGUCAAUGUGGGCAUGUUCGACGGCGACACGUCCAAGUUCAACACGACGGGGACGUCGCGGCGCGACGUGGCGACGCUGCCGGCGAACGGCUACCUGGCCAUCGCCUUCAAGCUCGACAACCCGGGCGCAUGGCUGGUGCACUGCCACAUCGCCUGGCACGCCAGCCAGGGCCUGUCGCUGGAGUUCGUGGAGAGCCAGUCGGACAUCCAGACCGAUGCCGUCAGCAGGCAGGUGUUUGACGACGUCUGCGCGUCGUGGAAGGCCUGGUCGCCUGUCUGGCCGCAGGAUGACUCGGGUAUCUAG